ACGACGACGACGGCCACGAUGUCGCCGAAGUUCCUGUUCCUUCUUGGAUCCCUCUUUCUGUCUGCCGGAACACUGGUGAGAGCACAAGAUGACGAAGGUUCAGAUGGGCUCGAUGCAAACGCAGAGGAACUGUGCCAGGACAGACCGGGAGACGAGUACUUCCGGUUGAGCGUCGAAGGAGACUGUCGCGAUGUCGUAAGAUGCGACAAAGCGAGCGAGAUUGGCGUGACCAGGUUGGCUACUGUGCGAUGCCCGACUGGUCUGGCUUUUGACAUCGAGCGACAAACAUGUGACUGGAAGACAAACGUGAAGAACUGCGAUCAACUGGAGAAGCCGCGUAAGGUGUUGCCCAUCCUAAGGACCGACGAACCAGUCUGCCCUGAGGGGAAAUUAUCGUGCGGUAACGGCGAGUGCGUGGACAAGGAGCUCUUCUGCAACGGUAAACCGGACUGCAAGGACGAAUCCGACGAGAACGCGUGCACCGUGGAAACGGACCCUAAUCGCGCGCCAGACUGCGACCCAACCCAAUGCGUCCUCCCAGAUUGCUAUUGUUCCGCCGAUGGUACAAGGAUCCCGGGCAACAUCGAGCCCUCGCAAGUGCCUCAAAUGAUCACCAUUACCUUCAACGGAGCAGUGAACGUGGACAACAUCGACUUGUACGAAGAUAUCUUCAACGGUCAACGUCAGAAUCCGAAUGGCUGUCAGAUCAGAGGAACGUUCUUCGUCUCCCACAAAUACACGAAUUACUCAGCAGUGCAAGAUCUCCAUCGUCGUGGACACGAGAUCGCGGUAUUCUCUCUGACACACAAAGACGAUCCACAAUACUGGACCCAAGGAACAUACGACGAUUGGCUGGCAGAGAUGGCUGGAGCUAGAUUGAUCAUCGAGAGGUUUGCAAACAUCACAGACGGCUCGAUUAUUGGAAUGAGAGCUCCUUAUCUUCGCGUGGGCGGUAACAAACAAUUUGAAAUGAUGGCCGAUCAAUUCUUCGUUUACGAUGCUUCGAUCACUGCCUCUCUGGGCCGUGUGCCUAUUUGGCCGUACACUCUAUACUUCAGAAUGCCGCACAAAUGUAACGGAAACGGUGGAAACUGUCCAUCAAGGUCUCAUCCUGUAUGGGAAAUGGUGAUGAACGAGUUAGAUAGAAGAGAUGAUCCUACUUUCGACGAGUCUCUGCCUGGUUGCCACAUGGUGGACUCGUGUUCCAACAUUCAGACUGGAGAACAGUUCGCCAGAUUGCUCAGGCAUAAUUUCAACAGGCAUUUCAAUAGCAACAGGGCUCCACUUGGCCUUCACUUCCAUGCUUCGUGGUUGAAGAGCAAGAAAGAGUACAGGGAGGAGUUGAUCAAGUUUAUUGAAGAGAUGCUGGCUAGGAGUGACGUGUACUUCGUUACCAUGGUUCAGGUGAUCAAGUGGAUGCAAACACCAACCGAACUGUCAGCUUUAAGGGACUUCCAGGACUGGAAAGAAACCUGCGACGAGAAGGGCCAGCCCUACUGUUCCCUUCCAAAUGCCUGUCCUUUGACCACCAGGGAACUUCCAGGCGAAACUCUUCGCCUUUUCACCUGCAUGGAAUGCCCUAAUUACUAUCCAUGGCUCCUCGAUCCAACUGGCGACGGUUUCACCGCGAACAAAUGAAGAACACGCGGGGAAUAUCAGUCAAUAGCACGACACGUGUCUCCAAACAGAAUAAUUCACGAAGAAAAGAGAAGAAAUUUUGUUCGUUGAGCGAAAUUUUCUUGUGGAGAACACGCGUCGAAAUUUUCUCCACGACGAACGUUUCGCGAAUAGAAAACUAUGGAAUCUCUCUUACCACGAUUGACAGAGGAAAAAAAAAAAUGAAUCAACGACAGAGUGAAUUUA